AUGUUCUUGACGCGCUCAGAGUACGAUCGAGGCGUUAAUACCUUCUCGCCAGAGGGUCGACUGUUCCAAGUCGAGUACGCCAUCGAAGCCAUCAAACUCGGCUCUACAACUGUAGGCGUCCGCACAAACGAAGGUGUCGUUCUCGCCGUCGAAAAGCGUGUCCAAUCGCCCCUAUUAGAAUCUAGCUCCAUUGAGAAGAUCAUGGAAAUAGACACUCAUCUCGGUUGUGCUAUGUCUGGGCUUACAGCCGACGCGCGGAUGAUGAUCGACCAUGCUCAGAGCGUCACUCAGGCUGUUUGUGAUUUGGCCCUGCGGUUUGGUGAGAGUGUGCACGACGAAGAGGCGUUGAUGAGUCGGCCAUUUGGUGUUGCUCUGCUCAUCGCUGGUAUCGACGAGCUGGGUCCACAAUUGUACCACACGGAUCCAUCAGGGACGUUCAUGCGAUAUGAGGCGAAAGCCAUCGGUUCAGGUUCAGAAGCAGCACAGAGCGAGCUUCAAGACAAGUGGUACAGGCGAAUGUCAUUGCUGGAAGCACAAAAAUUGACGCUUCGGGUACUGAAACAAGUAAUGGAAGAGAAACUGGACCACCACAAUGUGCAGCUCGCACAGGUCACGCCCGAGAAAGGAUUUGAAAUCCUGGACGAGGUGAGACUGAAGGAGAUUAUCGAUGCUAUGUAA